GGUGCGCUGCGCGUUGACGCCCUCCGUGGUAGCGCCUUGGCUGCUGCCGGCUGAGCGCGAGCCCCAGAUGGAAAGAGGCCCAGGCCAAGGCCAAGGACAGGGAGAGGUGCCUGAGACGCCCGCUGUCCGCUCUUUGAGCUCUUUAGAAAAGAAAGAUGCACAGCGCCACCUGCAGCUCUUCGGCAUCCCCCACCUGGAGCUGACCAGCCACAAAGGAGGCCGCCAAGGGCUUCGGCACAGCAUCUCCCUGGACGUCUUGGCAGUCACUCCAAAGGCAAAUUCGGCGAUUCCGGAGAAGAAGACCCCGAAGAAGCGGGAAAUUUGUCCCGAGGCGGUUGCGCCAGAGUUUUACGCACAGCCACCUCGACCCACUCGUGGACUUCCCAUUAAGGCCAAUUUCGCUCGCCUCACAGGACCAGCGCUGCGGGCCCUGGCCGAGGCCGAGGUGGUGGACCUGGAGGCUUCCCGCGAGUUCCCGCGGCCUUCGCGGAUGCGGGUGAGCUUCAAGCCCCCUUCCCGAGCCUUGGAGACCCUCAACCAGGAUCAACAAAAGCCUUCCGAGGAUCUGAUGCCAGGCUGCACCUAG